AUGGUAGAGGGUGAUGAACAACAUGUAUCUGGAGAGCUGAACAAUGUAGAAGAAGCCGACAUUAGUGACACGAGCUCAGCAUCAAUCGCCACUAUGACCACAACGUCGACCGACGGUACGACUUCAACAUCUACCGAUGACACGACCUCAACGUCUAUCGACGGCACAACCUCAAUGUCUACCAACGGUACGACCUCAACGUCUACCGACGGCAAGACUUCAACGUCUACUGACAGCAGGACCCCAACGUCUACCAACGAUACGAUCUCAACGUCCAUCGACGGUACGAACUCAGAAACGAUCGACAACAUCUCAGCAGCGAUCGACACAGACUUUUGUCAUCGAUCGAUACCACUCGAAAUCCCUGACAGAUCGAGUUGUCCUCACGACAUUGCAAAAUCGACACUGAAGAGCAUUGAUAUAUCAAGUUGUGAUCCUACCUCAGAUGGAUACAGAGAAAUCACCAUGUACGAUUUCUUGGAGCUAGAAGAGUUCUUGGAGUUGGAGGAUGGAUAA